AUGCCCCUGUUCUUCCACCAGCUUCCUGAGAGAUUCCACCAGUACGCACCUUGCACAUUGGAUUGUCUCCCCAGCCUGGAUUUCAUUGCUUUAGGUCGUAAUCAACCCUUGAAAAAAGAGAAACCAAAAUGGAAAAGCGAUUACCCAAUGACGGAUGGACAGCUGCGCAGUAAAAGAGAUGAGUUUUGGGACACAGCACCAGCUUUUGAGGGCCGCAAGGAGAUUUGGGAUGCCCUCAAGGCUGCUGCACAUGCAUUUGAGAGCAAUGAUCAUGAACUGGCACAAGCAAUCAUUGAUGGUGCGAACAUAACGCUACCACAUGGUGCUCUUACAGAGUGCUAUGAUGAACUGGGCAACAGGUACCAGCUUCCAGUUUACUGCCUGGCCCCACCUAUCAAUAUGAUAGAGGAAAAGGGAGACCUGGAGACUCUAGAUAUUCCUGAUCCACCACCCAAUUCUGGGCAUGAAUGCCAGCUUCGCUUGCGCCUCUCAACUGGCAAAGACCUCAAACUUAUGGUCCGCAGUAUGGACACAGUAUAUCACAUGAAGAGGCGAUUGUAUACAGUGGAAGGAGUCGAGCCCAGCAGCCAGCGCUGGUUCUUCUCGGGCAGGCCACUCGCAGACAAAAUGAAACUGGAGGAGCUGAAAAUCCCGAAGGAUUAUGUAGUGCAAGUCAUUGUGAGCCAGCCCUUAGCAAAUCCAACUCCAGUGGAAAACUGAUUCUGCUUGCUUAUGGAUUCUCCAUUCCUCCUCCUCUAUCACAUCGGAUUAUUUUCACUGCUCUUAUUUUUUCUGAUAAUUGAUUGGCUCCAAGAAAUGACUAGCAAAAAUUCCAUCUGUGAUGGAGAUCUGCAGAAACAAAACACAAAUGUAAGAUGACCCUUGGGAUUUGCCCAAUCUGAUGUUUCUUAAUAUCACAAAAAGAAACACAUGGCAAAGUCAAUGAAAGUUGUGUGCAAGGCAGAAGUCUGUCAUUUAAACAAUGACAUCCUGUUAUGAUGCUUAGAACUGUAGGUGGAGUAUUGAUCCAUGAAGAAAGCACUUUAAAAAAAAA